AUGAGGAGUCUCAGACGUGGUUUUGCCGCUGCGGCAGUUGCUGAUUUUCGGAAUAUAUCCCCAAAAUUGGGUCCUCUUCUUUCAAGGUGCCCACCUCCACCGCCUUCUACCAACUUUGUCAAGAAUUUGGAAGCAAACAAGCAGCCUAGGAACUACUUAAGACUAGUAGAUGAUCCCGAACUGCCCAAGUUGAUACAACUUUAUGAGCGAGUGUGCCGAUGUAGUCCUAAAACACUAAAUGGUUCUGCCAGACUCAGAAGAUCUGAGCUAGAUGGUCCGCCCAAGAAAUCUCGAGUAAAUUAUACCAAAGGUACAAUGCGUCCUGUGAAAGUUAAUAACUUUGAAACACCUAAAUUCGACGAAAGUCAAGAACUUUCCGCAUCAAAGAGUUCGGAACUUAGUAGUAAGCAUUCUAUAAAGCAUAUAAGAUUUUUUGAGCAUUAUAUCCUUAAGAAAUCCGGGCAAAAAAACAAGACCCCAAUGCAAACCACAGAUAGUGCAAAUUUAGAAAAAACUAAAAUUGGAAGUUCUAAGAGCAAAAACCCAAAACAAACGACACAUAAAAAGAAUUUAGAAAAAGUUAAAUUAGUGAGCACUAAAAGCAAACCACCAAAGCAAACUAAAAAUAUUAAGAGAUUGGAAAAUAAUACAAAUAGGAGAAUCAAUAUGUCACCUAAAGACAAAAGGCAAUCGUUCGAACAAGCGGAUUCUGCGGAUUCUGCGGAUAAUUUUUUCAACAAUCUGAAGUUUAAAAAUGUUGGAAAGUCAGUCCUUUUUAAAAAGCAUAUACAGCGUAUUAAAUCGCCUAGCAUAGAUAUUGUCAAGGACAUUGUGUUUGACGAUGAUGAUUAUUCACUGAUAUCGGUAGAAGAUACUUCGCUAAAUGAAGAGGUACUGAAACGCAUCAGUGAGCCAUCAUAUGGAAUAGACACUUUGAGCAACAUGUCCACCAUAUCCUGGCUCCCAAAAAGAGUCUCGGAACUUGUCAGUCCCGUAGAACUGCAUCAGUUUGGUCCCAUUGACUUAGAGGCGUAUAGAGAUGAUUUUCUAUCCUUGCAUUCCCUUGAACCUGAUGCUUUCAGAAGCCCCUGGACCAAAAUUCCUUGGCCAAAGCCCUCUGAACCCAGGAAAAGAAAUGUAAAAAGAGAAGAUCUUAAAAGUUUAUCAAAAAAAGAACGUAUUUUUGCCAAGAAGAGGCAUAAAUCUAGUAAAGCUGCUUUUUUGCCUGUAAAACGCCUUAAAUACCACUCUAUAGCUUUUGAAAUGUGGCAGAGAAAACGAAAGAGAUCGAAAAAAACCGUGUCCAGUCAAACAAAAGUCGUCCAAAAAAGGUGUGAACUGUGUGAUUUUUGCCGACCAAGCAGCCAGCCCGAUGAACCAUUUAUGAUAGAGAUGAAAAAGCGUAGAGAUCGUGAAGUGCUGAAGCAAUAUUACCUUAAUAUGGACAAAAGGAACCAGGAAUCAGGUGCUACUACUAUUUCCGAUUCGAAACAGAGUGUUAAGUGCUCUAAGCCUCCUGCAGAUAAGUUAAAUUCCUGUUCAAAUCUUGGCAAGAUGCGUAAUCAAUUGGAGAAAUGUCUGGCGAUUCUGAAUCUUUGUGGUCGCCUUGUUGAGGUGCGUUUGCGACUAUUGAGAUGCAAAACAGAAAACAGAGCUUGCCGCAGUGGGGUUGGUACCGGUCCUGAACCAAAUUAGUCCUGAACUCAGUUGGAUCAGGAUCCCAAGACGCCUGAACACAAAAUAGUCUGUGGGUUUUUAUUAACACACAUUUUAUCAUUGGACAAGGAAUAUAAAUAGAUUAUAUAUGUAUAUUAUUUUCUAGUUA